UUCUGAGUUGUGUUCGAUGCUCAGUGCUGCACAGCAAUUAAGAUAAAAAUGAAAAAAUAAGAGUCUUGACAAGAAAAACAGGAGAAUUUGUAAGGGAAGGAUAACUGAACCAUCACAGGACAGUAGGUAGCUCUUACAAAAGUGCCACAGCCGGUUCCUUGGAUUAGACUUGAAAUAGUAAUGCUAGGACCCUCCAUAAGUCUUAGUCUGAAAUUCUGCAGCAAUGUAAUGUUUCUUUCUGUAAACCCUGGCAAUCUGCAGAAUCUUCGUAUUGAACUGCAACUUUCAUCCAGAUUUCUGCAGAGGCUUUAUCCUAGUACUGAUUUCUCUUUUCUUGGAAGAGACAGGAGCGCACAACAGAGCUCUUCAAGUAUCACAACUUCGUAGUAACAAGUUGUGGGUGAAAUGUUACUGUCUGAGUCCAGGAAGAGCAUUCAUUCGCAUUCCUCUGUGCCAGUCCUAGUUAAGUAUAUGUUGGAGAACAAUAUCCAUCCGCAAACAGGAAAGAAGCUUUGACGUCUUCAUUUCCUACCCACAUGAUUCUGUGAUUCAUACAGGUCAAACUUUGCUCCAAAAAUGUAGCUAAAGUUCAGUGAAACAAUCUUCUCUGCAAAGUAUUAUCCUUUUACUCAGACUACCCUGAAUAGAUAAAAGUAGCAGCUGUGAGUUCUCUCAUUCAGACUCAACGCAGCGUGUUCUCUUCUCAUGGAAGACAAUCAUUCAGUUUAGAAGGGACCUUAAAGGCAAUCUACUUCCAACCCCCUUGCCAUGGGCAAGGACACCUCCAACUAGUUCAGGCUCCUCAGAGCCACAUCCAACCCAGCCUUGAGUAUUUCUGGGGACAGGGCCUCCACAGCUUCUCUGGGCAGCACCUUGCAGUGCUUCAACACCCCACAGUGAAGAAAAUUCACUACAUCUUUCUCAUAUUUAACCAAAAUGUACCUUCUAGCCUAAAGCCAUUACCCUUUGUCCUAUAACGACAUGCCCUUGUAAAAAGUCUCUCACAAGCUCUCUUGUAGGCUCCCCUUUCAGUUCUGGAAGGAUGCUUUAUCACCUCCUCAGAUCCUUUCCUUCAGGUUAAAGAAAUGCAACUCUCCUCUAGAAAGCUCACAGACACAGCUGUAGAACUGUGAACAGACCUCAGGCGUCUAGAUCUGUCAUUUCAGCCUCAAUUGUUACAUAAGCUUCCUGUCUGGUAAAGUACCAGAGAAAACAGAAUUUUGCUUUCAUUCUGCACGUUGCCCAUGAGUCUGGGUCUUGGUUCAGCCAGAACAUAAGUAACAGAAGUAAAGAAGUCAGAACAUCAACAGAUAACUGUGGCACAGCAGAGCUGUGUUGAGGAUCACAUCAGAGAAUAAUGUGCAAAUAAGAUUUGCCUUUCACUUUCCUGUUAUCGCUGCUAGACAACAAUGCUGCCCACUGUUCACUACAGACACAAACCAAUGAGGUAUACUGCUCACUUCUACUACACUGAAGUACAGCUUUAAGACUUACUGAUACAGCCCCAUGGGUAGAUCUUUUCAAAAAAGUAUUUAGAUUUCAAAUCAUAAACCCUCAGACUGAAUGUGGACACAGGAAAUCUUAGGAAUGACAAACUGUGUCCAUGAUACCUUUUAAAAGAUACAAGAUAGACAGAAGCUGUUUAAAUCAGUUUCUGGUUUGUGCUGUGACUCUUGAGUUAAUAACAUUUGCUCCAUACAAAGAUUUCGGAAACAGUGAACUUUUCCCUCCAACCCAGGCAAUGCUCAUCUACAGAUAUUCCCUCUCCUAUUGGCUCAGCAGCAGUACCCCUCCCCUCCACCAUCAAUGUUCUCAGACACAAUCCCACCCACGGUCUCUCAUAUAAGGCCUGGUUGGAAAUCUGUUUCUUUACUUCUGCUUUUGGACAGGGGUUGACUGUAACUCCUUCUCACAAUCUAGCAAUGCCUGUGGAUUUCAGUGGAACCUGGAACCUUGCCAGUAAUGACAACUUUGAAGGCUACAUGACAGCUUUAGGCAUUGACUUUGCAACACGCAAGAUAGCAAAAAUGCUGAAGCCUCAGAAAGUGAUUAAACAGGAUGGCGAUUCUUUUUCCAUCCAUACUACAAGCACAUUCAGAGACUACAUGCUCCAAUUCAAAAUUGGUGAAGAGUUUGAGGAAGACAAUAAAGGCCUGGAUAACAGAAAAUGCAAGAGCCUGGUUACCUGGGACCAUGACAAACUUGUCUGUGUCCAGGCUGGGGAGAAGAAGAACAGGGGCUGGACUCACUGGCUCGAAGGAGAUGACCUCCAUUUGGAGCUUCGUUGUGAGAAUCAAAUAUGUAAGCAAGUAUUCAAGAGAGCUUAAAUAUCAGCAUUGGUUCCAACAUGGAAAGACAGCAGGAGGUCAUGCAUUCUGGUGUCCAGUGAUAACUGAAAAUACAAAACCUGAUUUCUUUCUAAAUAAACAAUCUGUUUCUGUCUCAGGAAAUACUACUGGUUGUUAGCAGUGUCAAAGAUCUGAUUUUUGCUAAUAAACACCACAAAACAUCUUAAGUACCUGUCUUCUGAAUGUGCUUUGGAGAGGGGAAAAAUCCCCAGUUGUGAGCGAUACGGUGCUUUGUGGUUAACUAGUCACCUAGAUCAAAACAAGAACCAUUCCCCCUUCUAAAAGGGCAUGGCAAGAUCAAACAAAACAGGAAGUACAGCUUAAACUUGUGUAACUCUAGGAACGGUAAAAAGUUAAGAUUCCAACCAAGGAUGGAACUUUACUGUUUAAAAUGCUUCUCUCCUUAAGAUACACACUGGUACUUUGGGGGCAGUUAACUGCUCCCACUAACUCUCAAAUGAGUAAUGUGAAGUCUUGCUUUGUUUUCAUAACAAUGAAGUUCAGUUUACCAGAGGAAGUCAGUCAGUGACCACAUCCCCUGAUAACAAAGAUAGGCCUGAGCAGUCACAUAAGUUUCAGUCCAUGAAAUAAUUUGAUGCUAUCAGCACAUAUAGAAAGUAAAAAAUAAUGCUGCUCCUGGUGAGGCUUAUUCGCAUGUAUUUGUUCCAUUUGCUAGCAUACUUUACUAUACAACAAUUCACCAGGUCAGAAACAAGAAAGAAGAAUAAGCUCAUGUAAAUAAGUGGCCAGAUCAACUUGUUACAUAUGUGAAAUGAGCUGCUACAUCUCCUGGGUAACACCAACAGCGCACAGGUCCUAUUGCUGAAGUUUAAUCUAAAUUACUGAGCUUCAGAUAGAUUUAAUUAGGAUUCUGUUUUUCACUCAACUUAUCCUCAAAGCUUUUAGAGAUAAGUAGUACAACUCAUUAUUUAGGUAUCUCUUCCUCACUCUCAGCUCUGUUGAAGCUGGGAGAAUUUCUAAUUAGAUCAAUAUCCCAGAUAACUACCAGAGGACUUGAAAUGUGGCUUCCAAAACAAGAAGGAAAGUCCUGGUACACCUUAGGAGUCAGGACAGGGACAUUUGGAGGACUGGGAGUAAAACAUGGAAUAUAUUUCCUGAAUUCCAAUGGAGUAUUCACUUUGGAACUGAGAGCUGCUUUUAUUUGCUUGGAAACGAGAUUUAUAAUACCAUAGAACUUAAUAUAAAUGACACUUUCAUACAGCAAACGUGCUCUGUCACCUCUACCACUAACAUACUGCAGCAGUCACAGACUUUGCUACUCCAUUAGAUGACACGACUGCAACAGAAAGCAUUUUCAUUUAAACUGUAGUGAUACCCUACAGCAGCACUUCCAGUGUUAAAUAUUGCAAAUACGUUCAAGUCGCACAGUUUAAAAUCAUGUAUUCCAAUCAUCUGUGCAUGAGAAACACCACAGAGGUGGUGACAGCAUUAAAAAGUCUGUUAGUACAAAGAGAGACAACUAGAAAUCAGAGAAACAUAAUUUUAGAAGCUCACGUGACUAUAAAUAUCACACUUUGGUAGUAAGGCUACUAUAGAGAAGGUUUUGCUAUUAAAAACGUAGAAGAGUUGCUAUCAAUUACAUUCCUUUUUUACAUUGCUACCUUCCUACUUCAAAUGGAUGAUUUGAAAGCAGACAGUGCUACGCCCAGCUCACUGGAGGAUGAUUUGUAGUUGCUGAGGAAGAGACAAGCAGCCAGGGACAGAACUGCUCACAAUAAAUUAACUAAAUUCACAUGCUUUAAAAAAAUACAAAUUAACCAUCUUGAAAUACCAAGUGUAAGAAAUGAGAGAACAGUUUUAUGUAUUGUAACUGAGGAAGAAAAGAGACAGUAAGGUAACUUUCACCAAGAAACUAAACCAGGAUCCCCACAGCUCCAGAACUAAAGGACAGGAACA